CCGAAAGUGUUCCACCAAAACCCACAAUGCACAAUCCCGACCUCGAUUUCCGACACCCCACUCCACCACCACCACCAACACCGCCACCAUUACCAACUCAACCCCACCACUACCCAAACGUCGUCGUUUCCGUCCCUACCGCCGUCCCUUUCGCUUCUUCAUCUUCUACUUCCUUCAACUUCCCCGAGAGCAAAAAUGCCCCACAACCCCACCAGCAAAACCCUCGAAAGAAGCGCUCCAAACUGAUGAGGCCCGACGCCGACAACCCUGCCAAGCGGCCCAAGUCCGCCAAGAAACCCGACCCGGCCGCUCCCAAGAUCACCACGCCGUGCAGCGAGUGCGGCAGGAAGUUCUGGUCAUGGAAGGCUCUCUUCGGCCACAUGCGCUGCCACCCUGAACGCCACUGGCGCGGAAUCCAACCUCCGCCGGAUUUCCAACCAGCCGGUUCGCCGCCGAACCCGGUCCUUCCCGACUUGGAGCUCUCAAUGAGUGAAGACGACCACGACGCCGCCUCUAGCUUGUUGAUUCUUGCCAGCGGCACCGACCAAACUCAACUCCCUGGUACUAGUUCACAAGGCCUUCGAGAAAACGACUCCGGCGGCUGUCGUUUCGAGUGUUCCAGUUGCAAGAAAGUGUUCGGGUCCCACCAGGCCUUGGGAGGACAUAGGGCGAGCCACAAGAACGUGAAGGGUUGUUUCGCGAUUACAAAGAGUGAUGUGGAGGUGGAUGAGGAGCUUCAUCAUCAUCCUCAUCAUCAUCUUCAGCAUGGUAAUGUAGUAAUGGCCAGUCGUAGCUGUGGCGUCGAUGAUAGUAAUGUUGAUGAUGUGAUGGAGGAGAAUAACAAGAUGGUUAUGGCGGUGGAGUCGGGGCACCAGUGUAGCAUUUGCUGGAGGGUGUUUUCGAGUGGGCAAGCUUUGGGCGGGCACAAGAGGUGUCAUUGGGAGAAAGGGGAAGAGGCGUCAGUGGUGAUGACACAACUUGGGAUCAGCAACAACACUAAUUCUGGUGGGCUGGACUUGAACUUGCCUGCUGCUGCUGCUCCUGCUCCUGCUCCUGCCACUGAAGAUGAUCAGUCGUCUUCGUAUACGUCGCCAGGCUUGGCUUUGGAUUUGAGGUUGGGUCUUUGAAUUGGCCUUUGUUGAUGCUGACAAAUAGACUAUUUUGUAGGGUGUGCUAGCUGGCUGGUGUGCUAAUUAGGUGAUUGUGACUUGGUU